GCCAGAGGACAGGCUGUCCUCUUCGGAAUUGCCCCGGGUGGUGGUGCAUUUGAAUCACUGAGCAUCCUGCUUGCCUGCACCUUCCUUGUACCUCCUGCUCCUUGCAUCUCUCCAGUUUGCCUUGCCUUUCCUCCUCGUAUUUCCUCAGCAAUGACCAGCUUGAAGGAAAUCUGUCGUGGCCUUCCUCUAAACCCUUUGCCUGAAAACAAAGGUCGGAGAAAAGGAAUACCCCAUGCACCCGUGAGAACCCCCAAUCUCACUGCUCAGGAGAAGAAGCUGGCUUUGCGCAAUGCCUUGCGUUAUUUCCCUCCUGAAGUGCAAAAGAAGCUGGCACCGGAAUUUGCUGAAGAACUCAGGCUCUAUGGCCAUAUUUAUAUGUACAGAUUCUUCCCAGAUAUUGAGAUGAGAGCAUACCCCAUAGGAGAAUACCCUUGCAAGACCAAAUCAGCUGCUGCCAUUAUGCUGAUGAUCAUGAAUAAUCUGGAUCCCUCAGUGGCUCAGUUUCCUCAGGAGCUUGUCACUUAUGGAGGAAAUGGGCAGGUCUUCAGCAACUGGGCACAGUUCUGGUUGGUAAUGCACUACUUGUCAGAGAUGACAGAAGAGCAAACACUAGUAAUGUACAGUGGGCAUCCUCUGGGACUCUUCCCCAGCCAUCCCCGUGCUCCUCGUUUAAUCAUUACUAAUGGCAUGGUUAUUCCCAACUAUUCCUCCAGAGAUGAAUAUGAGAAGAUGUUUGCUUUGGGAGUAACAAUGUAUGGUCAGAUGACUGCAGGGAGCUACUGCUACAUUGGGCCUCAGGGGAUAGUACAUGGGACUGUGCUCACAGUGCUCAAUGCCGGCCGCCGCUACUUGAAGGCAGAAGAUCUGUCUGGGAAGGUGUUUGUGACUUCUGGUCUCGGAGGGAUGAGUGGGGCUCAAGCCAAGGCUGCAGUCAUUGCUGGGUGUGUGGGCAUCGUUGCAGAGGUUGAUGAAGCAGCACUUCUGAAACGUCACAAGCAGGGAUGGCUGAUGGAAAUCUCUAACAACCUGGACCAUUGCAUGGCUCGCCUUAGAGAAGCAAGAAAGAAUAAGAUUGCCCUUAGUUUGGGUUACCAUGGGAAUGUGGUAGAUCUAUGGGAGAGGCUGGUCUGUGAGCUGGACAAAACAGGAGAGCUGCUGGUUGACCUGGGAUCUGACCAAACUUCAUGUCACAACCCAUUUAAUGGGGGGUACUAUCCAGUACAGCUCGGCUUUGAGGAAGCAAAGCAGCUCCUUUCCACCGAUCCAGGGAAGUUCCGGACCCUGGUACAAGAGAGUCUGAGGAGGCAUGUGGCUGCUAUUAACAAACUUGCUGAUAAGGGCAUGUUUUUUUGGGAUUAUGGCAAUGCUUUUCUCUUGGAAGCUCAAAGGGCUGGUGCUGAUGUUGAGAAAAAAGGAGCAAAUAAAACAGAAUUUCGAUAUCCUUCCUAUGUUCAGCACAUUAUGGGGGACAUUUUUUCCCUGGGAUUUGGGCCAUUCCGCUGGGUUUGUACCUCAGGUGACCCAAAGGACCUUGCUACGACUGACUCCAUUGCCAUGUCAGUGCUGGAGGACUCCAUACGGAAGGGAGUGAGCACAUCUGUGAAGCAGCAGUACCAUGACAACAUCCGCUGGAUUCGGGAAGCUGGCAGGCACAGCUUGGUUGUUGGCUCUCAAGCUAGAAUCUUAUAUUCUGAUCAGAGGGGUCGUGUGUCUAUAGCUGUGGCUAUUAAUAAAGCGAUUUCUGAAGGAAAGAUUAAGGCUCCAGUAGUCCUCAGCCGAGAUCACCACGACGUGAGUGGGACUGACAGUCCUUUCAGAGAAACGUCAAACAUUUAUGAUGGAUCCGCCUUUUGUGCAGACAUGGCAGUGCAGAACUUUGUGGGAGAUUCGUUCAGAGGAGCAACCUGGGUCGCACUGCACAACGGUGGUGGAGUUGGCUGGGGUGAAGUGAUCAAUGGGGGAUUUGGCCUGGUGUUGGAUGGGUCCAAGGAGGCUGAAGAACGAGCUAAGAUGAUGCUCAGCUGGGAUGUUUCCAAUGGGGUCGCCAGGCGCUGCUGGUCGGGUAAUGCCUUUGCUUAUGAAACCAUCUGCCAAGCAAUGAAAGAGAAUGACACGUUGAGGGUGACCCUCCCUCACAAGGUGGUGGAUGAGAACAUCUUGGAGCAAGCCGUGAAACAUUAGUGGCAUUUCCAAGCACGAUGUUGUUCUUGCAGAUAUAUUUGAAGUUGCUUCCUUGAUAUGCUAUUCUGCUCUCUGGCCAAAUGAUAAAAGCCUUGCAUAUGUCUGUUCCAUGUGAGUUCUUUUUUUCCUCUUUCACUUUUUAAGGGGGCAAAUCUGUAUCUGUGACAGGUCUGCUGAUGCCAGGAACAGUCUUUUCACUUAAUAUAGUUGGAACAGUGUUUGCAACAAGAAACUACUCAUUAUAGGGAGAAGAAUGUGGAAUUUUGUCCCUGAGAUUUUUAGGUCUGGUAAAUCAAACAUGGACUGGAAAUUUGAACUCUGAUUCUACUGCCACCAGCAGAGAGAUGUGAAAUCCAGUGGCCAAACACAAAGACGUGUAAACAAACUUAUUCUUUGGCUAAUGGAGGAUGUAUUGAUAUGACAUGAUUGCAGCAGAAAGUGACACAGAAACUCUAACUGGUCAAGCGCAGCUAAACCUGCAUGAUUUUUUCCCUGAAAGUUUCACCCAAGAUAUUCACAACCAGGGACAGAAUGCAGUGACAAGAAAGUGGGUGGAAAACCCUGAGGGCAGGGUCCAAACAUUUUACAGCAAGGCCAGGAAAAUAUGGAACAACUCAUAAAUUCCCCAUUGGUCUGAGACAAUGCUGCAUCUGAUGUUGUGUGCCCUUUGCUGUCUCACAGUCACGAGUUUGUUCUUCUGUAGAAGGCUGCUGCACUUGAGAGUGUUCCAAAUGAAUGGAAACCCCCAGAAAACCUAGAUCCUAUGUGCUGGUUGCUGCUCUUGAAUGAAAAUGUGAGCUACUCAUCCAUUUGUGAGUAGUACAAUUAAUAAAGCACUGUAACAAAA